UUAAGCAACUCAUCAACUGGUUAAUCACAGCAAUUAACCAAGCUGGACAUCACUCAAAGCAAAGCAAAGCAAGCAACCGUGCAUAGCCACUCCCUCAUCACUCGCUUCUCCUUGCUUACACACCAUCCCAUCCUCCCUCUCCACCGUCGGAUCCACCCCAUCGCGAGAUCUCAUCCGUCCAUCUCUCUUCCUCCCUCCCUUGCCUUCCGGACAACUGCAUGCGUCCCCCGCGAUCUCACGUACGCAACCGCAACCUCAAUCUCCCUCAUCCAUGGCGAUCCAAGCUCGAUCUCGCGCGCGUAGCCGCGUAGGUAUAUAUACCCUAGCUAGCUAUACGUACGUGAUCCCACACAGUCGCAGUGGUUUUGGUUGGUUGGUUGAUUACAUUUUGAAUGCGUGGUUGAGAUCGAGUUCUUGGAGAGGAGAUCGAUGGACAACCAUGGCGGCGACGGUGGCGCCGGCGGCGGUGGAGGAGGAGAGGGAGAGAGGUCGGUGCGGGUGAAUAUUGAAGCUCAGGCGAGUGAUCCGGCGGGGAUGGUGGUGGCGAUGGCGACGCCGUUCGAGCCGCAGCUGUCGGACGAUUCGCCGCCGAGGUCGAGCAUGCAGAGCGUCGCGGAGGUCGUCGACGACGCGGCGGCGGCGGAGGCGACCGGAGGAGGAGGGGACGAGGUGGUGGCGGUGGCGGCGGUGGGGCCGGAGCGGAGGCUGACGAUGCUGGCGCUGCGGCUGGCGAUCCUGGAGAAGGCGGCGAGCGGGCUGGGCGCGCUCGGCUUCAUCUGGGCCACCGUCGUGCUCCUCGGCGGCUUCGCCAUCACGCUCGGGAGGGUGGACUUCUGGUCGGUCACCGUCAUCCUCCUCGUCGAGGGCGCCCGCAUCUUCAGCCGCAGCCACGAGCUGGAGUGGCAGCACCAGGCCACGUGGUCGCUCGCCGCCGCAGGCCGCUCCAGCUUCCGCCUCGUCGCCCGCUCCUUCCGCUUCGUGUUCCACCUCGACGACGGCAAGGCCGCCGCCGACGCCGGCGGCGGCGGCGGCGGCGCGCCGAGGAUGGGGCGACGGCGAUGGCGGAUCAGCUGGAGCUUCCUGUCGCGGCACGUCGGGAGGGUGUUCUACUGGCUGCAGCUGGCGUCGGCGACGGCGUGCGUCGCGGUGUCGGCGGUGAGGCUCGCUGGGCAAGACUUCGGCGAGGCGGAGGACGCGCGGACCAACCGGAGGUCGGCGCUGGACAUCUUCUACGGGCUCGCGCUGGCGGAGGCGCUGCUGUUCUUGAUGGAGAAGGCGAUGUGGGAGUGGGAGGUGAGCUACGGCCGCCUCCUCCAGCGCGUCGCCGGCGAGUGCCACCUCGCCGGCGAGCCCGGGCUGGUCGCCGUCCGCCGCUUCUUCUACGACGCCUACUCCCGGUGCGUCGACGGGAGCAUCUUCGACGGCCUCCGGAUGGACCUCGUCUCCUUCGCCGAGGAGCUCCUCGUCGGGGGCUCCCACGACGAGCAGCGCAUCGGCGUCGGGAUCCUCGUCAACGUCGCGGCGAACCCGCGGCUCGGGGAGGCCGCGCUGCGGCGCGUCGGCACGUCGGCGGCGGUGGUGGACCGGCUGGUGGAGAUGCUCACCUGGAGCGGCGGCGCCGCCGAGGCCGCCGCCAGGGCGUCCGCCGCGCUCGUCGUGUCCAAGCUCGCCAGCAAGAAGCGGAACGCGCUCCGCGUCGCCGGCGUCCCCGGCGCCAUCGAGUCGGUGUCGUCGCUGCUCUACGCCGCCGGCGACGAGGAGUGCAACCUCCUCGGCCUCCUCAUCAUCAAGAAGCUGGCGCGCGACCACGACAACUGCAGCAAGAUCGGCAACGCGCGCGGCCUCCUCGACAAGAUCAUCGACUUCUCCGCCAUCGGCGGCGGCGCCGUGAUCACGCCGUCGCGCGCCAAGGCCGUGAAGCGGUCGCUGCAGGUGGUGAAGAUGCUCGCGGAGACGACGGGGAGCACCGGGAAGCUGCUCCGGCGGGAGGUCGCCGAGAUCGUGUUCACGGUGAGCAACAUCCGCGCCGUGCUCCAGCACGGCGCCGGCCACCUCGAGCUGCAGCGGCUCGGCGCCGAGGUGCUCACCCGCCUCGCCAUGGACGCGGACGCGCGCGAGAAGAUCGGCGGCACCGGCGGCGUCGUCUCCCUCCUCCUCGCCAUGUUCCUCCAGCCCUCCAUCACCGACGAGGGCGACGCCGCGCGCGUCGAGGCCGGCGAGGCGCUCGCCAUGCUCGCCCUCGACAGCCGCCGCAACUGCGACCGCAUACUCCGCGCCGGCGGCGGCGGCGGCGCCGCCACCGUCGCCCGCCUCGUCGACGCGCUUACCGACGACGAGGCCGGCAUCGGCGCGGCCCGGAUCCUGACCAACCUCUGCGCGUACGCCGGCGGCGAGUGGUUCUCCGACCUCCACCUCGUCACCUCCGGCGCCGCCACGGCGCUGCGCAACGUGAUGACCACCAAGAAGUCCAAGCUGCUCGAGGUCUCCCUGGGGCUCGUCGCCCAGAUGGCGCGGUUCAUGGGCCCGCACGAGCUGUCCCACCACCUCGCCGGCGCCGGCGUCGCCGGCGGCGAGGAGGAGCUGGUCGGACGGCUGGUCGCCGUGCUGGCGAGGUACGGCUCCCCGUCGAUCCGGGUGCCGCGGAUCCGGCGGUUCGCCGUGGAGCUCGCCGUCGCGAUGAUGACGGAGGGGAGGCGGCGGCGCGGCGCGGUGGCGGUGAUGAUGGCGGCGGCCGGGAUGGGGCCGGUGCUGCGGCGCGUGGCGGAGACCACGUCGGAGCUCGAGUGCUUCCACGUCUUCUCCGGCAGCGCCGGGCUGAGCCGCCACGCCGUCUCCCUCUCCGCCCUCGUCGACACCGCGCUCGAGCUCAUGGGGGCACGUGGCACCGACGACCAAUAGAAAACCGCCACGUCAGCAUCUCGCAUGUCUUCUUUUCCAACAAAAGAAAAAGAAAAUCACACGGGUUAAUUUGAUUAAAUUAAUUAAUUAAUUAUUAUACGAUUCUUUUGAGCAUUGUAAUACAAGGAUCACACAAUGAUUGGGGUUAUCAAUGAGAAAGAUCGAAUUUCAGUGAUUUAAUUAAAUUUUUUAAUGCAUUUUGUACAUGGAUGCUUAAUGGGAAGGAGUUGCAAGACGUGCAAGGAACAGGAAGGACUGCAACGCACACGACGCAUGUUUGUUACUUUUAAGUAUUUUUGAGAUGGGGACAUUUUUGGUCGUGUGGAGUUGAUGGAUUUUGCUUGAAUUUGUGGGAACUUUUUCCUUGCAAAACACACAAAAAGAAAUUAUGUGUUUGUGUCGUGCCACGCGCACUGUGCAGUACUCUUCGUUCUUAGCAAGAGCCCAGAGCACGUAUAUAUGCCGCAUGAUGGCGUAUGCGUGUGCACGUAUGCAAAAUUAUGUUGCAAACUUGCAAGUGCACUGUUGUUUUCCUUUUCCUUUGGAAUUAUUGAGGCCUUAAAAAAUGUUUUUCAAACUGCCAAGUGGAUAGUUAUGUUAAAUUGUGUGAGAUCAUGAGGCUUCGUAAUUGCUGUCAUACUGCAAAAAUUAUUUGGAGAGUAGUUUUUUUUUUUACUAAAAUCAGGUAUCAAAAUCAAAUUUAGAAAAGGAGAGCACAUGGUAAAUCAGUUUGAAAAGGCUAGUGACAAGUAUGUCAGAUAUCAGAAUCAAAAUUUACACAAAUAGAAUACAUGAGAAAUCAAAAUAUAAUUUGAAAAAGUUCAAAAGAUUAGAAAUAAAAUUGAGUUCAAAAAAAUAAUUUGAAAAAGUUAAAAAUGUUAGAAAUAAAAUUGAAUUCAAAAAGUUCAAAAAUAUUACACAAAGAGAGUAUAUGAGGAAAUCAGAAUCAAAAUUUACACAAAUAGAGUACACGAGAAAUAAAAAUAUAGUUUUAAAAAGUUCAAAAAUAUUAGAAAUAAAAUCGAGUUCAAAAAUAUUAAUUUGAAAAAGUUCAAAAGAUUAGAAAUAAAAAUGAGUUCAAAAAGUUCAAAAAUAUUACACAAAGAGAGUAUAUGAAGUAUUUUUUUAAUAAAAUAAAAAUACAAUUUGAAAAAGUUCAAAAUACUAGAAAUAAAAUUGAGUUCAAAAAUAUUAAUUUGAAAAGGUUCAAAAGAUUAGAAUAAAUUGAGUUCAAACAAUUCAAAUGAAAAAGUUCAAAAGAUUAGAAUAAAAUUGAGUUCAAAAAUUUUAUGCUGGCUGUGGGGUUCGAACCCACGCGCACUUCAGUGCAGAAGAUCUUAAGUCUUCCCCCUUAACCACUCGGGCAAACCAGCUAGUUGAGUUUUUUCUUCCUCCAGUUUUUAUAUAAUGUUUUCACUUGAUAAGGCGGGUGUACGUAAUCUUAGCCUGAAGGCGUAUUUGCUCUGCCUAUCGUCUUCUUCCCCACUGGCCGUCUCUCCCCGCACCACCAUUCGCGCACGACCGCCGCGGCGGCAGCCAACUCCGGCGAGGGCCAUGUCCGGCGGCGGAUGCAGCGUCCGGGCGAUCUGGAUCCUCACCCCGCACGACGCCGUCGCCUUCUCCAGGCGAUUUGCGGUGGUGGAGAAGCGGUGGCGGGUCGCGUGGGAGGCGGAGGGCGGGGCGAGGGCGGAGAUGAUGCCGCUGCCGGCUGACUACGAGGUCGCCGCCGCCUUCGCCGAACGCCGGAGAAGGGAAGGCACGGCGCGUGGUUCUGGAAUCCGUACGAGCAUGUCAUCUGCUGGGUCGGAUUCGUGGGUUGAUGAUCCAAUCACUCGCCACAUUAUAUCACUCCAUAUUGAUAAAGAGGAAGGAGAGGGGUUUAUGCUGUGGCCUGUGGUUCUUCAGAAGCGGGGUAGCUAUUAUAUCCUUGUGUUGCCUUUGGUGGAUCCUCAAUCAUUUAAAGCAUAUGAAAGCCUCUUGAAAAGGUCGGACUGCGGGAGUUCUGCCAAGGAGAAGGGCAAUCUUUCUUCCAUUCUGCUCAACCUUCCAUGCAUAACAGGGUAAUGGCAUUAAUGGUUGCACAUGUUAUUGGGGACAUAAUUACUGGUGAUACCGCUGAGCCUGAGGUGAUCGUUAGUACUGGCCCCUCUGUUGGUGGGCUGUUAGAUUCAUUGACAGGAAGUAUAGGUAUUUCUGCUCGACCAAAACCUAUUGCUGCACCUGUCGCAGCCCCGACCGCAUCAAUUUCUUCACCUGUUGGUGCUCCUCAGUCGGAGUCUCUGAAAGGUGGUAUGAGGCCUUUUGACAAGGAUUUACUACGGAAUUUCAUCCUUGGUGCGAUGCCUUUUGGAACACCUCAGGAUCUUAAUUAUGCCAAUGUUACUUCGGUAAGAACAACUGGGUUUUCCGCUGAUCCUCUACCUACAGACCAGAAGCAGCCUGCCUGGAAACCUUAUCUGUACAAAGGGAGACAAAGGACUCUCUUCUCAAGCCUAGAGACUUUAAAUGCUGCACUAUAUGACCGUGAUGAUGUGCAAGAUUUCCUUUCGGUUUCUGGACAAGUGACAUGUAGGGCUGAGCUAGAAGGUUUACCUGAUGUUUCUUUGCCAUUGUCUGGGUUAAAAGCUGCUCGUGUGGAGGUUUCAUCGUUCCAUCACUGUGUGCAAGCUUCAGAGCCUACCAAUGAUAAGCAAACUCUAAUAUUUCAACCACCACUAGGAAAUUUUGUUUUGAUGCACUAUCAAGCUUCAUGCAACAUGGACCCACCUGUUAAAGGUUUCUACCAGUUGUCUAUGGUGUCUGAGAAUGAAGGUGCUUUUCUAUUUAAGCUGAGAUUGAUGGAGGGUUACAAAUCUCCCUUUCUUAUGGAAUUUUGCAUGGUUACAAUGCCGUUUCCUCGAAGACGAGUUGCAUCAUAUGAUGGAAAUCCAUCUGUUGGGACAGUUUCAAUGACAGAACAUUCAAUUGAAUGGAGAAUCGUUUCAAGCGGUCGGGGCCUCAGUGGAAGGAGCAUUGAGGCUACCUUCUCUGGUACUGUUAGAUUCCAUCCUAUAACAAUCCAGCGAGUAAAUUCAUCAUUUCGAUCAGUUCCAAGCACUGCAUUUGUUGAAGAUAGUGAUAGUGAACAAGACAAUACUAAGAAUGGUGCCAAUUUGGAUGACUACCUCAUGGAAAAAAUGAAUAAGGACCUUCAAGCAGUUAACUUGGAAGAGCCAUUGUCCUGGCAAGCUUAUAAUUAUGCUAAGGUUUCUUUUAAGAUUGUUGGGGGCACCCUUUCUGGUCUAACAAUUGAUCCAAAAUCUGUAAGUUAUUCAUUAACUUUCUUGUUCCAUUCUGAUGGUUUAUGCUUUGACCUCAAUUAAUCAGUUGAAUAGUUAUGCAUUACCAUCCCAUGGUUGAUCAUUUGAUCUGCAAAUCUGAUGCACAAACUAUGUCGAUAUUGAGUGACUGAUGUUUAGUGUUUUCAUUGGGUGAAGAAAAAUGUCAGACAAAUAUUACCAAUUUACCAUGUCACUGUCACACAGGGUGCAUUCAGUCCCUUCCCAUUGAAAAACUCAGUAGCUAGGUUGAGAUGUUGUGGUGCUUGCUCGAGUUUUACCUACUGUGUUAUCAGUUAUGAAAAGGCAGAAUAUUUGUCCAUGUGUCCAUGGAUUUAGGAAGCAUACCAGGCUGAUGGUAUGUUGGUAACCUCUGGUGCCAACAAUUAUGCUAAUGUUUCAUUACUUCCCUGCUUAAAGAGGAUUACUCUAAAAUUUCUCCUUCCAAUGUCUUGAACUCUUGAUCACUAUUCUUGAAUUCUUCUUUUGUCACUGUGGUGAUUUGGACAUUUGGUAUAAAGUUAAUUGCAUUGGCUGUGUUAAAAGGAACUCCUAUUCUUUAUUCAAAUAUGGACCAUGAUCAUAAAUUUGUACUUUCCUUUUUUGCUACUUUAAAGUUUAACGGCCUUCUGCAGGUAACCAUUUAUCCUUCUGUCAAAGCCCCAGUUGAAUACUCAAUGCAGGCUUCAUCUGGAGAUUACAUACUCUGGAACACUUUAGGAAAAUGUCCUUCUGCUGCUUUGCCUAAAUAAUUAUGAAUACCGAUGGAUGUUCAUCACCGGACAUAUUCAUGGGCGCGUGUUCUUUGCCGUACAGAACCUACAGUAUGGUUCCCCAAUUGAUCUCUACUCACAUCACCAGACCUAUGCUCAAAGUUUUUGAAUUUUGUUCAGGAGUUAUUGUUUCAAGGGAAAAAAAGGAACCCAACAAUUCUGGAUAUAUCUAUGUCAGACUCUGGUAUUCUAAACUUGAGUUCAUGAUUGGGUGCAAUACCGUUUUCGAGAAAAAAAUUGAUUGGGUGCAAUAUUGAAGCCAUGACCUUAUUGGGCAAUAAAAUUCCAUUUCGUAGGAUUACUAGCAGCAUGUUGAGAUAACUUCCAUGUCAGGAAAUAUGGUACUAUAUCAGCAAGAAAAAACCAACUCAUUGUCCACAAACAUGAGACUUGGCAUGAUAAAUCUGUAUGAUUACUGGUGAUUGAGCCCAAACAGGUCCCAAUUUUCUGGGCCUCCUUCUCUAGGUUGUUAGAUAGAGAUGUUUCAUCUUUAUUUAUUUUGUCAGUCCUUGACAGAGGAAUGUCAUGUUGAAGGUCCAUUGAACCGAGACAUUUUCUUUUGCUAAUGUCAUGCAUGAUGCCAUUGAGAUAGAUGAUGUAAUAUUCGGAUUGCAUUGAAAGGAAUAACAUGACCGGCCAAAAAAACAA